UGCGAACUAGCGUAACUCACCUGUUUGAAAUUUUUUCGAUCACCAGCUGAGAAUCUUACAACAAACAACAAGAAUCUCACGUUUUUGUAAACUUCCGGACUGUGUUUCGUUCAAUUCUCUCGGUGACUGAAUUAUCACACGUCAACAGGUAAGAAAACAUGGCCCUGCCCACCCUCCCCUCCUACUGGCAUGUCCGGAACCGACUUGCGGAGCAGAGGAUCCUCCGUCAGCGGAACCACGAGGCACAGUUCCGGGAGACGUGGGACAACCAUGCACGCUACUUCCACAAGUCCAACGUGCAGACGGCUAAGGGGGCCCACUGGUCUUCUCAUCGCAGCUACCAGGACAGCAUGGAAGCCUUUAAUACAGCAGCAGAGAAGGAGGCAAAGUCGGCCCGACUGAAGGAGCGGAGAGAGAGACUGAGUGAGCUGCUGAAGGAGGAGAGGGACACGUACGAGGCCGAGCUGAGGGGGAUGUCGCUGGAUAACUACAGAAGGAUGGAGGCUAUGAAGGAGAGGGCUGAUCACCUGAAGGAGAAAAAAGAAACCGAAAGAAAACAGCUUGCUGAAGUCAAGUUAAAGGAACAUUUCAGAAGAAACAACCCUGAUCUCAGACAGAUUGAAUCUGAGCAGCACAAGCAGCAUGUUAUCGGGGCCUGGAGUGACCAAGUGGAGGAGAAGGAGGAGAGACUUGCCAGCGCUCGUGCAGAGGAAAAACACAUCGAUGACGUCAUGGAGAAACAGAGACUGGUCGCCCUCGAAAAACAGAGGGAAGAAGAGAUCAAGAGAAGGAAGGAGGAGAAGAGGCAAGCAGGCGUUCUGAAAGAACAAGUGGAAGAAUUGAAGGACAGGGAAAGAGAGGCUGAAGGCCUGAAGCAGGAAGAGGCAGAACUGCUUAGACAACAGUGGGAACUGGAGAAAAUGGAUGCAGAAAGAAAAGCUUUUGAGGAACAGAGAAAGAAAGCAGAUCUUGGGCGAGCUCUGUCCAGGCAGUACAAGAUGCAGAUGAGAAGGAAGUCACAGCAGGUCCAGGAGGCACUGGAGCUGGACCGUAAGAUUCUGGCCUCGCUGAUGGAGAAGGAGGAGGAGGACCGGAGGCUGCAGACGGAGCGACGGGAGCGAGCGCAGGCGGACGCAGCCUGGAUGAAGGAGGUGGUGGAGAAACAGAUGCGGCUGGAGAAACAACGGGAGGAAGAGCUGGACGAGAUGUACAGGCACGAGGCCGAGCGACAGUGGGCCAAGCGGGAUGCGGAGUGGGAGCGGGAGAGGCUGGCCAGGGAAAGGCUCAUGAAGGAGGUUCUGGAGGAGCGUCAGGACCAGCUGGCGGCUAAGAUGGCGGCGUUGCGGCGGCGCCAGGAGGAGGUUCUGCGUAGUCGGGAGGACCUUCUGCGGCAGCUGGAGGUGGCCAAUCGGCUGGCUCGGCAGGAGGAGGAGGAGCGGGAGAGAGCCGUGCAGGAGAGGAGGCAGGAGGUCCAGGGACAGAUCACGGAGCGUCGUGAGCGCCAGCGCACAGCGAGGGAGCGGCUGGAGCAGGAGCUGGCGCAGGAGAAGAGAGCAGAGGAGGAGUAUGAGGAAGUACUGAGACAGGAGGCGGCACGAUUGAAGCUGGGGGGCUUCGAACCAAAGUCCUAUCCAAGAAGUAGGCGAUCAGCUUGGGACUGAGGUGGACGACAACUGUAAUUGUACAGCUACAAAUGAGGCUGCUGGUUAGAAUGAAACCUCAUCUGUGUUGGCAGAAUCAUAGCGUACAUAUUGUAAGAACACAAUGAAAAUCACUUACCGUACAACUUUUGACAGCACACAUCUCAGACAUCAGAUGAAAGAGGAUUUGUAUUAUAAUGAUUUUCAUUGUGUCCAUUAGUUAAGUAUGCUGCUAGUUGAAGAAUAGAGACAAAUGCCUAGUACCUGAUAUGCAGUUUAUGGGAGAUUCUAGGAACUAUUUCCCCUUUUCUGUAAUAGUAUACAUGCAGGGAUCAAGUUAUAACAGGAUUAUUCAAUGCUGUUAGCAUGUUUGAAUUGCUAUAAGUACUAAAUGUUUCUACUUAAGUCAGGGCUUAAACGUUUAAGUCAUGUAUUCAACAUGGGUUGAAGGAAAUUCAGUGUACAUUAUAUUAUCAUGGCUAAU